AUGCAAGAUGCUAUUACUUCUGUAAUUAAUACAGCCGAUGUACAAGGAAAAUAUUUAGACGAUAACUCGUUAGAAAAAUUACGUGGUUAUUUUCAAACUGGUGAACUAAGAGUACGUGCAGCUGCUACUAUUGCAGCGAAUGCAGCGACUAUUAUUAAAGAAUCAGUUGCUAAAGCUUUGUUAUAUUCCGAUAUUACGAGACCUGGUGGUAAUAUGUAUACAACAAGACGCUAUGCAGCAUGUAUUAGAGAUUUAGAUUAUUAUUUAAGAUAUGCUACUUAUGGUAUGUUAGCAGGAGAUCCAUCUAUCUUAGAUGAACGUGUCUUGAAUGGUUUAAAAGAAACAUAUAAUUCAUUAGGUGUACCAAUCGGAGCAACGAUUCAGACUAUACAAGCAAUGAAAGAAGUUACGGCUAAACUUGUAGGCUCUGAUGCUGGUAAAGAAAUGAGCUUAUAUUUCGAUUAUAUUUGUUCUGGAUUAAGUUAA